CGGCGAACGACUUACAUGAUACUUCAACAAUCCACGUACCACCCCUGCACAAGGAACUGCAGGUAGGAAAGUCCCAACUCGGUCUGGAUAUUCAUCUUUACAUCGCUUUGCAGAGCUGAACAACGUUGAGUGCAUAUAGUAUGGCGAAUGUAACCUUGGCUAUUCAGCUUGCCAAUUUUCACGUCCAUUGCGCUCUGGUUCCCAGUAAGGCGGUUCAGUCGGCUCUCUGCAUUUUCAAGCUCAGGAAAGCAGUGUGCCUUUGUGACGAGUUCCAGUCUACAAGGAAUAUUUGGUUCAGAUGCGACUGUUCCGACAUUGUCAUACAGGCACUGCUUGGUCUAUCUUCGCGUUCUGAUAUCAAACAUGUCAUCAAGCCAAUCGCCAGCGAGUCAAUCCUAGCCCACGAUGGGGUCAUCAGCCAGAGUUUACGAAUCAACGGCAUGGAUAAGCGACAAUUCAGGCCAGCUCACAACAGCACCGUCAUUGUGCUUCCCAUUGACGAAAAUGCACCAAUGGCCAAAAAGUUAUUUAUCACAACCAAACAGCCAAGUCCUUCCAUAACCAAGUUGCUGUCUAUGAAAGUUUUCAAUGCUGAUGGUGCUGAUCAUUCCGAGCAACGCACGUUAGUCUUUGGUAUCGGUGUAGUGGGUCACACACUCAUUUUCAACAUCACAGCACAUCCACUUCUCAGGUACGACGGGGUGGGGUUGAGCCAGAAUGAAGUUCACGGCAAAGCCGAAGAGAACGGUCUCGACUCACUAAUAAGCAAACUCGAUCUCGGAUACGAUGUACUCCAGAGCUUGUACAUGCACUACGAUACCUUGUGCAUUAACGUCAGGUGUUCAGAGUGCUUUGGAACCCAUGGCAGCUUCUACACACUUUGCGGUGAUUUCCGAUGA